AUGGUGCUUCACCAAUAUGAUUACAUCUUUGCCAUUGGCACUUUGUUUGCCAUGCUAGAUGCCUACAACAAUGGUGCAAACGAUGUGGCAAACGCCUGGGCUACCAGCGUCUCGUCUAGAUCCGUCACCUACAGACAGGCCAUGGUCUUCGGUACGGUCUUCGAAAUGCUAGGCGCUAUCUGCGUCGGUGCUCGUACGGCAGACACCAUCAAGAAUGGCAUCAUCCCUAACUCCGCCUUCCGUGAUAACGCCGGCGUCCAGAUGCUCGCCUUCACCUGCGCCCUCGCCGCCGCCUCCUCCUGGGUUAUGUGGUGCACCCGACACUCUGCUCACGUUUCCUCCACAUAUUCACUCGUUUCUGCCGUUGCUGGUGUUGGUGUUGCAACCGUUGGUGCCUCGCAAGUCCAGUGGGGCUGGAACAAUGGCAAGGGACUCGGCGCCAUUUUUGCCGGCCUCGUCAUGGCUCCUACCAUCUCUGGCUGCUUCGGCUCCAUCAUCUUCACGCUCAUCAAAGUCAUCGUGCACAUGCGGAAGAAUCCCGUCCCAUGGGCCGUCUACAGCUCUCCGUUCUGGUUCCUUCUCGCGUCCACUCUCUGUACGCUUUCCAUCGUCUACAAGGGUUCUCCCAAUCUCGGUCUCAACAAGAAGCCCAGCUGGUACAUCGCCGCUGUCACUAUGGGCUGUGGUGGUGGUGUGUGCCUCCUCUCCGCUCUCUUCUUCGUUCCCUACUUGCGUGCCAGGGUCAUCAAGAAGGAUUACACUGUCAGGUGGUACAUGUUCUUCCUGGGCCCUUUGCUCUGGAAUCGCCCCGCACCUGAAGAUGCCGAAACCGCCCAUAUCCCCAACUACGCCGUCGUGCAGGACGACGAUGAUGAGGGCAACGAGAAGAAGAACGCUGCUCUCGGUGGCUCUCCCAAGUCUGUCGCCGAGUCUAACCUUACCGCCAACGACCUCCAGAUGCCCGAGCCUGCCCACAGCGACGGCGAAAAGGAAUUGGUUAGCAACGAAGCCAAGCAGUUGUCCUACAAGGAGAUUGCUGCGCAAGGUGAUCGCCGACUCCGCGAAAAGCUCAUAAAGAAACGCGCUCCUAUCGGAUGGGCUCUGCGUACUCUGCGUGACAAUCCCAUGGGUCCCGGCCAGAUUUACGAGCUGCACAACAUCAAGAUGCUCGCCAAGCGUAUCCCCGCCAUGAUCGUCUGCGGUCUCCUCUACGGUUUCCACUACGAUAUCCACGCCGCGCAGACCGGUAUCGCGGGUACCCCCGAUGGCCAGCGUAUGCAACGUGUCUACGCCCAUGCCAAGAAAUAUCCCAACGAAGUCGAGCACACCUACUCGUUCAUCCAGGUCCUCACUGCCUGCACGGCUUCUUUCGCGCACGGUGCUAAUGAUAUCGGCAAUUCGGUCGGUCCCUGGGCCGUCAUCUACUCAGCCUGGAAGACUGGCAAUGCCGCCGCUUCCAAGGCCCCCGUCCCCGUAUGGCAACUCGCCGUCCUUGCUGCCAUGAUUUCGGUGGGCCUCAUAACAUACGGUUUUAACAUCAUGAAGGUCAUGGGCAACAAAAUCACUUAUCACUCUCCCAGCCGUGGCUGUUCCAUGGAAAUGGGAGCUGCUCUCACUGUCCUUAUCUUUUCCCAGUACUCCCUCCCUGUCUCGACGUCCAUGUGUAUUACCGGUGCCACUGUCGGCGUCGGUCUCUGCAAUGGGACAUGGAGGGCUGUUAACUGGCAGCGAGUGACUCUGUUGCUUAUUUCGUGGUUCGCCACGAUCCCCGUUGCUGGCACCCUUGGCGGAUGCUUGAUGGGUCUCUUCAUUAAUGCCCCUCACUUCUUUUAG